AUGUGUGAUAAUAUUGAGCUUCUAAUUGAUAAGUUGGAGAGUAUCACAAAAGAAAACUUGCGUAUCCUUCUUUCACAGGCUGAAAUAACAGAGCUGGACUCAUGUUAUGUUCAAUUGAAUACUUCUAUGCCCUUAACUUUGGAAAUUAAAAACAAUUGGUCGUUUGAUAAAUUAAUAGAUCAAUGCAGAGAAUUUUUUGUUAAGCAUAUUCCUAGGUGUUUCUUGUUGGGUGAUGGAUAUAAAGUUGCAAAAGACUCAUCAAUUGGUUCAAGUACCUAUUCGGACGCUACAAAUGGUGCUUGUACGUUGUUGAAAGGUCGAACAUGGAGAAGGCUUCAUUCGGUGGUUGGAAAUGAUAGUAUGUGCUAUCUGCUAUUGAAUUUUGAUUGUUUUGUGGUAAAUUCUUAUGGAAUACAUCAAAUAUUUGGAAGAAAGCUCAGUAUUAGAAACUUCAAUUCAAAAAACUAUAAUUUGAAUGAAAUUAAUCUGAAUUCAUCAUUAUAUACGAAUAUUGGUGAUGUCUCUAAAAUGAACCCUAUUCCACAUUCAAAAAAAGAAUUUUUCCAAGCUGUUUUCAAAGACGAGUUCGAUAAUAAUGCCAACUAUAGCAAGCUCCUGUCUAAACACAAGCCUUUCUCUUCCAUUAUCUCAAAAAUUCAGUGCAAUCAUAAAAGUAUCAGCUAUUUCAAUAUAUUAUCAAAUAUUUGUAACAACAAGGGACAUGAAUCUCACAAUGUUCAAAAUACGGUUUCUAAAUCAGCAGUCUUCAAAUUCUGCACGAUUGUAUUUGAGAAAGUGUUUCCUGUGGAAACGUAUGGAUCAAAGCAAAACAAAAAAGUUAUACUUAGAAAUUUAGGGUUACUUAUAAUGGGGAAAAAGGGUGAUAACAUUAAAGAUUAUCAUUUGAUGAAAAAUAUUUCUUUAAAACACAUCUGCUGGCUUGGAAAGGGACCCGGCUUGAAGUGGAACAAGCAAGACUUUCAGAAAAGAUAUAAACUGUUCAAGGAUUUUCAGGUGUGGUUAUUCAAUUACUUCUUUUGUCGCUUACUGGGGUCUUUUUUUCAUAUUACCAAUAUAUCGUCGUCCAAGGAGCUUCUCUAUUAUGUUCAUUUGACCUGGGGUAAAAUUUCAAGGCCUUUUGUAAACCAGUACAAAACUGAACUGCUUUCAAAGCUUGAGGAUACUGAACCAUCAUAUGAUGACGGGCUAUACACCAAACUGACAGUUAUGCCUAAAAAGAAUGAUAGUUUUAGAGCUAUUAAUAAACCACUAAAGGGUAACGACGUUCAAUCAAGAGAUAACUAUAUGAUCUUUUUACAGAAGAAGAUUAAACCCACAAGACAUAUUUUAGCACACUUGCGGAUGUCAAAGGAGUCUCCAUAUCCUAAAUUAGCUUCAUCUAGAGACAUUCCACUCAUUUUAAAAGAUUACAAGAAUAAGGUUGGAACUAAAUAUGAGGGUAUCUAUUAUCUAAAGUUUGACGUGAAGGAUUGCUACGAUAAUUUGCCAAAAGAUCUGAUAUUUAAAUUAUCAAAACAGCUUGUUGAAACAAAUAAAAUCUACUUUGUGAAUCAUUACGAAGAGCAAAAUAUGUCAUCAAGCGUGAAAAGAAGGAGAAGACAUUUCACCAUGGAAAGUAUCACUCCUCAAAUGGAAGGUGAUAGGCACAGCUUCAGAAGCAUACAAACUGGAAGUGGAGCUACAUAUUCUAUGGGCGGUGAUGAAAUUCUUUCAAUCAUUGAAAACCAACUUGACUCAAGUUACACUAUCAUUGGUAAAAACACCUAUAGAAGAAGAGAAGGUAUAUUCCAAGGGCUACAUCUAUCUAGUGUUUUUUGUGAUAUAGUAUACGACGAAAUGAUCGAGUGUGAAUUCAGUGACGUGACUAAACCAAAUAGCUUGAUUUUGAGACUGGCUGAUGAUUUUUUAAUUUUAUCAACCGAUAAGAGUGCACUUCUUAAAUUUCAAUCCAAAGUAGAAAAUGGAUUUCCAGAUUUUGGUGCUGUGAUAAAUAAAGAGAAAACAUUUACAAAUCUUCACAACAAAUGGGAAUCAAAGUUCACUUUCUGUGGGUUUGAUAUAGACAUUGAUGACUUUAAGAUCACGAAGACAUUUGAAGAUAUACAUAUCUUGAAUACAGAGUCACAUAAAGCACUCACCCGGAAACUUUUAUGGAUCUUUGGAAAUCGAUUAUCGAACAACACAUUUGAUUUAUCUGUUAACAAUAAGUCAGUAGUGACAAAAGAGAUAUUUAAGUUGGUAUACUCGUCAGCAAAAACAUAUGUUCAAGCAGUAGCACUCUUGAUUCCUGAUUUAAUGAGUUUCAGGAGAUUCUUUGAGGACUUGAUAGAAGAAGCCUCAAAUGGUUUGGGAUGUAAACAUCAUAAAGGGUUUCAUAUAUCAGAUUUAAAAAUUAUCAUUUGUUCUGCCUUCCUAAUGUAUUUUGAAGAAAAAAAUACAAGAUUCUUGGGACAUAUACAGUAUCUUCAAAAGUGUAUUCAUGAAAAUGCAACAUAG